UUGUGUGUGUGUGUGUGUGUGUGUGUGUGUGUAUGCUAGCAAAUGUGUACAGUUGAACACCCAGCCUUUCAAGUAUACUCCAUUUGAUGUUGAAUGCAAAGAGAGCUUUAUCUGUGUCCAGUUAAGUUAUGGUUGAUCAACUUUUUUUCACUUUUAUAAACCAAAGCUGAGUUACCUCAUACCUUUUUGCUCAGAUUGACAAGCACGCAUGGUAACAAAAAUAGAGUGGUGCAUGUACAGUACGCUUACACUGUUCUGAUGACACAAAUCACAUCACACACACUGCGCGCUGUUGAUUGUGUACAGGUUAAAAUUGAAGCAUACUUUGGCCUUUACAAUGUAUAAAAAUUCUAAUGUAUGUGUAAUGUUUAAUAUUAUUGUAAGUUGCUGAUGUUUUGAUGAUAGUAAUGUGAUUUUAUUUUUUUGUUUUUAGAUGCCUAAGCUGAAGAGAUUUAGAAUGCGGCGUGAGCCAUUCAACAACAAAAGUAAGGCAGAUGUUUCUAAUUCUGUUGCUUGUGCUUGUCCAGACGUGGUGGGCAUUGUAGCAGCCAAUGAGGUUAGACUGAAGUCUGCAGAGGUGACUGAGGAGUUUGUGGGAGUAGCUUGUAGUAUAGUUUCAGUUGUUAAGCACAAGCUACAUAAUGUGUGUACUUGGCGAAAAUCUGACAUUCAGGACAUACGUAGUGAGGGAAGUAAACUGGUCAAUGACAUGACUAGGUGUAAAAAAAAACCUGAGAGUUAUGGAGACUGUCGAUUUUCUCAGUGGUUUGGUGGGCAACAUGACAUUUUCAGUACAACAUGCAAAGUAACAAUAGAACGAUUAAUGAAUGGAGGAAAAAAUGACUUGUAUGAGAAAUUACAGGAGAUUUUGUUUAGUCAUGAAUCUUGUUUGGUCAACAUAAAAGGAGACACGUGUGCUAUUGUCAGACAUAAUGAUUUCUAUGUUGUUGUUGACUGUAAUGUCCGUAACGCAUGUGGUUUGGGAUCAGACAUUGGAACUGCAGUUGUUGUUUUCAACACAAAUUGGCAAGACCUAUUUUUGCACAUUGAUAAUUUAAUGACAAGUCUGAAUGCAGAAAACUUUAGUAUAUGUGGCAUCAAUGUCAACUUAUCAUUAUCAGAAAUGCCACAAGUUGUUUACAAUGAUACUGUUGGAGAAAACAGAGAAUGUACAGCAAAUGAAACUGAAGAAAUGUCAGCAUCUACAUUAAAUCAAAGAGAAGGUGUUAGCAUCCGUGGAUCAUUUCAUCAGGGUGACCGUAAGUUCAAGUGGCCAGGGAAACAGUGUGUUGCGAUUAGUUUGGCUGCUAUAGCGAUGCACAGUGUGCUUAGUGUGUUCUCAUGGCAAAGUAAAGAUCUAGAUAAUGCUGUAAAUACUGGCGAUAGCUUGUAUUCUAGUUUGCGUCAAAGUGGUUUAAUCAGUGAUCCAACAAAGAAAAAGUUGCUGUGUAUUCAAGAUCUUCCUAAAGAGUAUGUGUUUGGUACAACUGCAUUCAAAUUUGAAUAUGCUGAUUUUGUUUCUGGACAUGUAGAUGUGGUUGAUGGAGAUUUUAUUAGAUCUGGUGCAUGUGUGACAUUAGCUGAUGGUUUGCAAACAAUGUUUGAAAAAUAUGACACAUGCUUUUUUACCUUAAAUGGCAGUACUAUUGCCAUUAUUAAAGAAAAUAGUAGGUUUGCUGUGGUUGAUUCUCAUGCACGUAACAGUGCUGGAAUGGUUGAUGGUAAUGGAUUUAGUGUGGUUGUAUAUUAUAAUUCGCUAAAUUGUGUUUUGAAGCACAUUGAAAAUUUGUCUGCAUUUACUCGAAGAAACCUGAAGAUUUUUGAAAUAAGUGGGGUCUGUGUCCUACUUAAAAGCCAAGACAAAUCUGAUAGUCAUACAGAAAGCAUAAAUGAUGAAAGUGAAAAAAUUACCUGCAAGGGUAAAAAAAGAAUGCAUGAUUGUAUAAAUGUGAAUGUGGAAGAAGAAAAAGAAAUUUUGGUUACUAAACCGAAGAGAUUUAAAAUACAGAGUGAGCCAUUCAACAACAAAAGUAAGGCAGAUGUUUCUAAUUCUGUUGCUUGUGCUUGUCCAGACGUGGUGGGCAUUGUAGCAGCCAAUGAGGUUAGACUGAAGUCUGCAGAGGUGACUGAGGAGUUUGUGGGAGUAGCUUGUAGUAUAGUUUCAGUUGUUAAGCACAAGCUACAUAAUGUGUGUACUUGGCGAAAAUCUGACAUUCAGGACAUACGUAGUGAGGGAAGUAAACUGGUCAAUGACAUGACUAGGUGUAAAAAAAACACUGAGAGUUAUGGAGACUGUCGAUUUUCUCAGUGGUUUGGUGGGCAACAUGACAUUUUCAGUAAAACAUGCAAAGUAACAAUAGAACGAUUAAUGAAUGGAGGAAAAAAUGACUUGUAUGAGAAAUUACAGGAGAUUUUGUUUAGUCAUGAAUCUUGUUUGGUCAACAUAAAAGGAGACACGUGUGCUAUUGUCAGACAUAAUGAUUUCUAUGUUGUUGUUGACUGUAAUGUCCGAAACGCAUGUGGUUUGGGAUCAGACAUUGGAACUGCAGUUGUUGUUUUCAACACAAAUUGGCAUGACCUAUUUUUGCACAUUGAUAAUUUAAUGACAAGUCUGAAUGCAGAAAACAUGUGGUUGAUGGAGAUUUUAUUAGAUCUGGUGCAUGUGUGA